AUGUCUGAUCAAGACAUUUCCCCAAAUAAAUACAGUGAAUUGCGAAGUAUCUGUAAAUACGACAUUGAUUUAUAUAAUGUAUUGUAUCAGCUAAAAACGGAAAAUGAAGAAGAUUUAAACAAGAUUUACAAAAUGAUCAAAACAGAAUUGAUUGAAUCAAAGAAGCAUCACCCUGAAAAUAUUCUAAAAGGCAUUUUAAAUAUUAUUCCAUGGAACAAUCUCUAUACAAUGUCAUAUUUUUAUCUUGCCAAACUCAUAUGUGAUGAUUAUCAUGUCACAGAUAUCGUAUAUGUUAAUACUAUGAGACAAAAUGGAAUUGAAUUAGACAAAUUUAAUGAUUUUGAAAAAAUUAAAUCCGAAAACCUAAAAAUUCAUAGAGAAAAUACAAUUUACAGAGCAAUUAUGUAUAAUGACUUAAAAACAUUCAUUGUAUUCACCGAAAGAAAAGACUUUGAUGAAAACCAAGUACUUUACAGCAGUUUUUAUCCAAAUCCUGAAGACUUUUUCUACCAGCUUUCAUUUCUUGAAUUAUGUUGUUACCAUGGAGCAGUUGAUUGUUUCAAGUUUUUAAGAACAAAAUUUAACUCAAAAAUAACAAAAAGAUCUCUAGAAUUUUCAUUUUUAGGAGGAAAUCCGGAGAUCAUGAGUGAAUGUUUGAAAUAUCAAAAACCAAACAAAGAAUGCAUGAAAUAUGCAAUUAUUUCACACAACAUUGAUUUUGUUACAUUCUUGAUGAAUGAGUACAAUAUAGAGAUCGAUUUAAAUCAUUGUGCACAAUAUCAUAAUCUUGAAUCAUUUUUAGUUUAUUUUGACCAGACUAAUGAUUUUAACAAAUGCUUUAUUUAUUCAUCAAUUUUUGAUAUUCCAUCUCUAUUCGAAUAUUUCUUAUCACAUUGUUCAAAUAUCAAUGAAAAAGAUAAAUGUGGACGAACUGCUCUUCAUUAUGCAGCAUUGAAUAAUUGUAAAGAAAUAGCCGAACUUCUUAUUUCAAAUGGUGCAAAUAUCAAUGAAAAAGAUAAUGAUGGAAAAACCGCUCUUCAUUAUGCAGCAAAAUAUAACAGUAAAGAAAUAGUCGAACUUCUUAUUUCACAUGAUAUAAAUAUCAAAGAAAAAGAUGAAAAACGCUCUUUAUUAUGCAGCAGCAAUCCAUAG